UCUUCUUCUCAUCAUUUUCUUCUUGAGCUAUUUUCUCCAAUUACAAACUUCAUUAUAUUAAAUAUUCACUAUAACUAUUUGUGAUUAUCUUUUCCUUGUUUGACCUCAACAUUUUCUUUUCUUCUUGACAAAUUUUGCUUUCCUUUUCAGCUAAGUUACGUAUACCUCCUUGAUUUUUGUUAUUUGUUGGUGAGCGAGAGCUUUACUGCAUCGAGCUGCUGUUGUUAUUUUAGGGUUUUGUAUGUAUUAGUUUAGCUUAGCUAGCUAAAUUCUCUAUAUCCAGCUCGCAAGAUAGUCGAGUUGGCAUGGAGAUUGGCACUGGGUCACUAUGGAUUUCCGAGGAUGAUAAGUUUGAAGAUCAUGAGUAUGACGAUGUUAAAGAUGAUGAAGUUGAGAUUCCAAAAAAUAAAAACGAUGACGAUGAUGAUAAUAAGAGGAGGAUUUGUCAUGUGUGUAGCAAAGGAUUUGGCUCUGGUAAAGCGUUGGGAGGUCACAUGAGAAUUCACGUUCAGGCUUCCAAAAAGCUGCUCCUCUCAAAGUCGAAAACACUUGUUGAUAGGUACUACAAGAAACCAGUUUUACAAACAGAUGAAGAAGAAGAAGAAGAAGAUCAGUUGUUACCAACCUGUUCGAUUUGUGGUAAGAAUUUCCCCUCAAUGAAAUCAUUGUUUGGGCAUAUGAGGUGUCAUCCUGAACGGGCGUGGAGGGGAAUUCAGCCUCCUGAAGAUAUUGAUAGAAAAACCGCUGCUGCUAGUACUGUUACUGUACCUGUUUGGUCAGUGACAGCUAAGCGAGGCCGAAAGGCUAAUGCUGAAGAUGCCACUUAUUCAGGUUCAAAGGACGAGGAACAAUUGCACGAUGCUGUUCAUCAUCUUAUGCUUUUAGCUAACGGAGAUUCAAUUGAGUCCGGCCUUACCGGAGGUAUACCAGAAAAAACGAACAGCAAUUCUCUUACAUCCAAAGCUGAAAAUGAAAACGAGGCAUCUAACAAGAAGAAGACGAAGUUGAGGCAUCUAGAUGAAAAUUACAAGUGCAACACUUGUGGUAAAACAUUUGCGACUCAUCAGGCUCUCGGAGGCCACAAUAAGUUCAGAAUCGUAAUUCAAAAUUCUGAUGUUACUAAUAUUGGUGCAAAUAGUGAAGAUGCAGCUGUUAGCCAAAGAAUUCUCGAUUUUGAUCUCAAUGAAUUGCCCCCUGAUCAUGAAGAUGAACAACUUUCUCCUAAUCAUGAGUACUACUUCCCAUUUUUUCCAAUCUAACAAUUUGUUAGUCCUUGGAGCAACCAUAAAGUUAUUUUCGGUCAUAAUUCGAGCACUGGAAUGUCAUUAACAGCAUGUUAGUUUUAGUCUAUAUCAGUUUUAAGUUUCUAAUCCUUUAACCAUCUUGGUUACUUUUUUUUCCUUGUUAAACAUACAACUUAAUGUGGUGUUUAGAAGUGUGGCUUUGUUUGUUGUUAUCUAAGGUGCUUGGACUCUCCAAAAAUAUAUGGUCGUACCAGUGUCGGAUCUUCGACACGUACCUAGACACAUUUUUGAUGAGUCCGAGCAACAUAACGUUAGUAUCUUCAUGGGAAGCACGAUUGUCCAACAAGCCUGCUAGAAAACAUCAAAUGUACUAUAUAACUAUGUACAGGAUCUCUAUUGUACAUAUAAGUAAUUUAAUUUCUUUA